AGCAGGAACGGUUAUAUUUAAGAGAGACGGCGUGUGCGUCUUUACUCCGCGUUGUGUCCACUGGAAGAGGGGAGCGUGUCAUCAUGCCUGGGGUCUUGCUAGGAGACGUUAUGCCUAACUUUGAGGCAGACACGACUAUCGGCAAGAUAAAAUUCCACGAUUUUUUGGGCGACUCAUGGGGCAUCCUGUUCUCUCAUCCUCGUGACUUCACCCCCGUGUGUACCACCGAGCUCGCAUGUGCUGCUAGGCUCAGCGAUGAAUUUAAGAAACGGGAUGUGAAGAUGAUUGCUCUGUCUAUAGACAGCGUGGCGGACCACUGUGCAUGGAGCAAGGAUGUGGUGGCACUUCACUCAGAAACAGCAAGCAGUCCUUUGCCAUUCCCCAUUAUAGCAGAUGAUAAGCGGGAGCUCUCGGUUCUUCUGGGAAUGCUAGACCCUGAUGAGUUGGACAAAGAUGGCAUGCCCCUCACCGCCCGCUGUGUGUUUGUUGUUGGGCCUGAUAAGAGGCUGAAACUUUCUAUCCUUUAUCCUGCCACCACAGGGCGCAAUUUUACCGAGAUACUUCGGGUUAUUGAUUCCCUGCAGCUGACAGCAAAAAAGAAGGUGGCUACACCUGUAGACUGGAAGCCUGGAAAUGAAGUCAUGGUCAUCCCGUCUCUCUCAGACGAAGAGGCUAAGAACCUUUUCCCUGCUGGAUUCACCACAAAGAAUCUGCCUUCUGGGAAAAACUACCUACGCUAUACGCCACAGCCAUAAACAAACAGCUGGCAUUUCAGCAUUUAAAAAAAUAAUAAACCAAGCACUUAUUUUCAAACUUUUUUGAAAAGUAUGUUACCUAAAGUAGUCACCUCAACACUAUGUACAUUCAUUUGAAUUGUGCAAAGUACUUUUCGCUUAAAAAAAAAAAGUGCCUUACAUACAAUAAAGAUGUUUUUCUCCACAAACUGAUU